GUCGCCACAUGCCACAUCUCGACAGGUCUCAUAACCUGUUAAUCAGAGCGACACUUUUUUCUGCUAGAUUCGGUUGUUUUGUGCAAAAACGCGUCGAUUAAGCCUAAGUUCAACGAAAUCGAGAGAGAAUAUGACAUCCAAUUAUCAUUCCUCACAUUGCGAGAAUGAUGUCAGGUAUCCUUAUACUGAUAGAGUAGCGGUAGGAGAGGAUUAUGUUGAUUUCAUCUAUCAAUUUGUGAAGGAUAGCAAUAUAUCCACAAAGGACUGUAAGAAUACUGCUAGCAUAAGUAAUAUUCGUAAUAAUAUAAUUGGAACACCUAGCAAUUUUCCAAACCAUGAAGAUUUUCUUUUGGAGACGUAUAAUUUCGAUAUUUCAAUAUCUCCAUGGCAGAAACAAGUGCCAUAUACUUUUGUAGAAGUGUUUGACAGAGAUUAUUAUUUUCAUUAUAUUGAUCUCGAGUUUCAUGAAGCUGUAUAUCCAAUCAGAAUUUCUAUAUAUGAAGUAUAUAAUUCUGGGAACGUAACUGAAGUUUGGGCUCAAGAAUCUGAAGAUGAGGGUCGGUGGAUUUUAUUAUGGGAUGGACCGCCUCAAUUCUACCAUGGCGAGCCAAAAUUUUUCAAACGUAGACGGAUAUUUUCUCCAGCUUUACAGUCUUGUAACUUUAAAACUAAAAUGCUCAGACUACAAUUUGUAUCCAACUGUUGCACACAGCUAGAUGCUGUGAUGCUGAUCGGGACAUCAAAAUUGAUUUUUCCUAAAAAUCCUGAAGAUAAGAGUAUAACUAAUCUCUUACACCGCAUUCAGGCACAACAACAUCCUGAAAAAUUCUCAAGAAUUCCUGGGACAAUUUACAGGGAUUCCUAUAUAUUGGAGGACACUUUUAAUACAACACGUGAUUAUGAAAAUGCGUACUUGGAUAUUCUUGAUCUUCAAAAGGAAUUUCCUAAAUAUUGCGUUAUUUAUAAAAGCGACAUAGCAACGAGUUUUCACAAGAGCAAGCUCGCGCACAAGCAAGUAUUUCGGGAGGAAGAUGUGAUAUCUUCUAAGCAGGGAUAUGUGAAUCACCCUUUAUUAAGAAAUAAUUGGAAUUAUGUAAAAUUUAUAGAAGAUAUCAAACUUUCUUCAGAAGAAUCCAAGGAGCAACGUGACAGUUUUUCUGCGCUUUCUGAUGAAAUAAUACUAAUAAUAUUAAAAUAUUUGGAUAUGAGAUCGUUUUGCCGUAUGAGCAAAGUAAAUAAACGCCUCAAUAAUUUAACACAGGAUCCUUUUCUCUUCAAAUGUUUGAACUUACGAAAUUUACAAAAAAAAUACUCUUCAUCCUUCUGUUAUGAUAAAAUUCUGUUUUAUUUUGCAUCCAAAUGUAAAUAUUUGCAACAGUUGGAUCUUACAAAAAGCUGCAUUUCUGCUACGGAUUUCGUAAACUUUCUUCAGAGUUGCGGCGAUUGUUUAACGCACUUACGAUUAAGUGGCUGCAAUUUUGUUGACAAAUUAUCUCUAUUAAAAAUUUCAGAGAUAUGCAAAAAUUUAAAAGAAUUGGAUCUCAGUAAUUGUACUCUGGAGGGAAAGGAAGAAGAAGUUUCGAUUCCCGAAAAUCUAGAAUUUCUAGAGAAAUUAGAUCUUAAAGGCUCUCAUAUAAGAACUGAAUCUCUUUGCAAAAUACUGCAAAAAACUCGCCGGAUGCGUAACUUAAAUCUGAGCAUGCCUGCUUCUCAGUGUUAUAUACACCGACGAGAUUUAGACGCAAUUAUAAUACAGUUAAAAAAUUCGUGUCCAGACUUAGAAAUAAUAGAUUUAUCGGACUGUUACAGUAUUAUUACAUCACGAGGUAUUCAUGCCCUCGCUGAAUGCAAGAAUUUACGAAAACUGACAAUGAUGGACAAGAUAACAUAUUGCAAAAUCGAUAAGCAUAGCUUGCAUAGAUUGUUUUCCUCCUGUCAAUGCUUAGAAGAAGUCAAUUUGAGAAGUUCCGAUACUUCCAAUAUGAUUUUCAAUCGCAAUGUCUAUGAAGCUCUGACACUGUGUAAAAACUUAAGACGAAUAUACUUGGAUUAUAUGUCGGGUUAUACUUUCGCAAUUCUCGAGCAGUGUCCUAAACUGCAAACAAUCUAUGUAAUGCGGAACGGGUUAGACGACACGCGUGAUAGUCAUCAGACACGAUUCGUUGCUAAGGCGAAGGAAUAUUAUCCACACGUGUCCAUUCUUGAACAUCAAAAGGGACCAACGGUGCUGAAAGGAAGGUCAGGAUGGUACUACUAAAAGAGACAAUUUUCGGGUUAACCCUAGACAGACUCACUGGGGUAAUACGUUACCCCACGCGAAAUUCAAAUUCGCAUUAUUUCAGCCAAAUUUUUGGUUCUUUGUUUUGUUCUUCGAAAUUUUUUUACUGUUUUUUUUUACUACCGCAAAUUGAUGACUACUAUCGUCUUCCCUAUUAAACUACAAACAAAAUUAUCUAUUAUAAAGUUUUCUAAGAACAUUCUGGAAAUACUAUACACGCGGUACAAGUUUGGGGUAACGUAUUACCCCAGUGAGUCAUUCACGUAUGAGAAAAAUAAGUGAGUCUGUCUAGAGUUAAGAAAUAUGCUAUAUCGGCAGGGUACAAGUACAUACAUGAGCAUCGGAGAGAGCAUCCGCAGUGAUGUAAAAGUGCGCAAAAUUUGAAAUAAAUAAGAGUUUUGAAAUAA